AAUUAAUUAAAGGAAAAAACCUAUUGAAAAUGAAAUUUAAUUUAUAUUUAUUUUUAACUUUUAUAGCAUCUUUUUGUUAUAUAAGUGAAACAAAAAAUAUUUUAGGAUUAUUUCCACAUCCAGGCUAUAGUCAUUUUAAAGUAUUUUACCCAAUAUUAAAGAAAUUAGCUGAAAAUGGUCAUCAAUUAACUGUUGUCACUUAUACAAAAUCAAAGAAUAAAAUAACAAAUUACAAUGAAAUAAUUUUAAUUGGUGAAGAUACAACACAUGUUUUUGAUAUUGAAAUGUUUAUACCAUCAAGAUCAUUAGUAUCAAUGAUUUAUGAAUUUUUUUUAUUAAGUGAAGAGGGUAGUAAAUCAUGUGAAAUUUUUUAUAAAUCAGAUGCUAUUAAACAAAUUAUAAAUAAAAAUCAAACAAUGCCAUUUGAUUUAGUAAUAACAGAAAACUUUAAUACGGAUUGUUAUUUAGGCAUACCAUAUAUAUUAAAUGUACCGGUAAUUGCAUUAAGUAGUUGCGUUGCAAUGCCAUGGCAUUAUAAUCGUUUUGCAUUACCAGAUACACCAUCAUUUAUACCAUCAGAAUUUGUUGGCUUUAAUGAAAAUAUGAAUUUUUAUGAACGUUUUGUUAAUUUCAUUAUAACAAAAAGUGUUGCUCUAUUAUAUAGAACGAUAACUCAAAGAAAUGAUAAUAAAUUUAUAAAAGAUUAUCUUAAAAUCGAUGUUGAUGUCGAAGAUUUGGCAAAGAAACAAAGUUUAUUAUUAAUUAAUCAACAUUACUCAUUAAGUGGUUCAAGACCUGUUCCAAAUCGAGUUGUUGAAAUUGGUGGUGUUCAUAUUGAUGAUAAUGAUACUGCUGCAAUACCGAAAGAUGUUGAAGAAUUUUUGCAAAACUCUGUCAAAGGUGUUAUAUUUAUUAGCUGGGGUUCAAUGAUAAAAAUGUCAACUUUACCAAAAUCUAAAGUUAAAGCUAUUGUAAAUGCACUUGAACAACAAUCGUUUGAUGUUUUAUGGAAAUGGGAAUCUGAUGAUUUACCAACAGUUAAUAAAAAAUUUAUGUUUACAAAAUGGGCCCCCCAAAAGGAAUUAUUAUGUCACCCAAAAGUUAAAAUAUUUUGGUCACAUGGUGGACUUUUAGGUACUUCAGAGUCUGUGUAUUGUGGAAAACCAAUAAUUGUUUCACCAUUGUAUGGCGAUCAAUUUUUAAAUGGAAAAGCUGCAGAGAAUCGAAAAAUGGGACUUAUGCUUUAUCAUACAGAUAUGAGUGAAGAAAACUUGAGUGAAGCUUUUAGGACGAUUAGUCAACCAGAGUAUGCAAAAAAUGCUAAAUAUGUUUCAGAAGUUUAUCGUAAUCGUCAGAAUUCACCACUAGAUACUGCUGUAUGGUGGGUUGAGCACGUUUUGAAAACUAAAGGAAACAAUUUAACUUAUUCACCAGCCGCCGAUAUGAGUGGAUUUGUUUACCAUUCGCUAGAUGUUAUAACUGUUUUAGUUAUUUUAGGUAUCUUAAUUAUCACAAUUCCUAUACUAAUUUGUAGAAAAUGUUGCUCAUCGAAAACUCAAAAGCAGAAAACGAAAAAAGUUAAAGUCAAAUAAAGUAGGUUUUUUUAAGUUUAUUGUUUUUGUUAUGUAUUUUUUUAGAAAAAUUUUAAAGUAAUAAAUAAAAAUUUUUAGAAUAUUAUGUUAAUUAAAA